AUAACACUGCACGGUUUUUUCUCAUAGUGCAGGUCGCGGUUGUCAUGGUAAACAUUCUGCGGGAGCUUGCAAGGUUGUCAUGGUUACAGUCUGUAAGGAGGGCAGCAGGACUGAGGAUUCCCAUUGGAUAAGUGAUAAAACAAAACAAAGGAAGUUUUGAGGAUAGACCUUCUUUGCAAUAAUGGCAGCAGCUGUGGUUCCUGUAGAGGGGAAGGUGCGUGGCAAUAUUACUCCUACUCGUCCAGCUUCCAGGUCUGAAAGGGCAAAAAAAGCCAAAGCCUUGGUGGAGAAAGCAGUCAAGAUGCAGAAAAUCUUCACGGUGCUGGGGCGCUAUCCAGCGGUCCGUAACGCCUUACGGGCCAGAGGGUGGGUGGAGCGUUAUCUGCCCAACGAUAAGGAGAAGGAAGGAGAUGAUGGAAGUGCUGGAGCAGAUAAUGUUGCAGUGAUAAAAGAUAGAGGAGAUGAAGGUGGGGAUGAGGACAACCCUGAUGACAUGUACGGCCUUUUGUCUCGCCUAGUUCGAAAUGAAAAGGCCUAUUUCUACUGGACCACACGCCACGACUCCAUUGACUAUCGCACCUUACGACAAGACCAAAUGACCAAUCACUACGCUAAUACUGGAACCUUCACGACCAAGGUGGGGCUCUGUGUCAACCUGCGCAACCUCAAGUGGUUUGACGCCGCCGAUCCCGACACCUUUUUCCCGAGAUGUUACAGGCUCGGGGCGCACGAUGAGAGGCACGCGUUUAUAGAGGACUUCAGGAGGACAGCAUGCAGCAGUCUUCUGAAACACGUGGUGGAGACGAGCAUGAGGGCAAAAGGAGCACAAGAGGAGAAGAGCAAAGCUGAAGUCAGCGCAGGAGUGAUCAGCACUGCCUUGCAUCGAUGUCAGGAGUUUCUGAACAUUUUAGCACACAAUGACAUUGACGUGACCGGCAAGACUCUCGCCUCGGUGGAGGAAAAGCAGUGGAACCACUUCCUCCAAAACUACUACAUGGUUGUGCACAAAGGUGCAUCCAUCAGAGGCAGCGCAGAGUUUGUGGGCCGCUGCCAGGCCAUGUUGGUCCAAAUGCAGGAAGUUUGCCCACAGCUGGACGUCGAUGGCGUUAAUAAUAUUUGGAUAAUCAAACCAGGAGCAAUGUCAAGAGGGCGAGGUAUUGUUUGCAUGAAUCGUCUGGAGGACAUUUUAGCGCUGGUGGAAUCAGACCGAACUGUGGUGAAAGACAGCAAGUGGGUGGUUCAGAAAUACCUUGAGCGUCCUCUGCUGGUCAACAACACCAAGUUUGAUGUGCGUCAGUGGUUCCUUGUCACCGACUGGAAUCCACUUACCGUCUGGUUCUACAAGGAGUGCUACCUGCGCUUCUCCACUCAGCCUUACUCCACAAAAAAACUUGAUAGGAACUUUCUGCAGCAGCAGGGCCGGGAGGCCAAGUGGGAUACGCUGGUGGUCCCGGGCAUGCAGCAAGCUGUGGUCCACACCUUGCAGACAGCCCAGGACAAGGUGGAGCACCGCAGGUCAAGCUUUGAGUUGUACGGUGCCGACUUUAUGUUGGGCAACGAUCUGAGGCCUUGGCUUCUUGAGGUCAACGCCAGCCCCACCAUGGCCUGCACCAGUGUCGUGACGGCUCGCCUCUGCCCAGCCGUACAGCAGGAUACGCUUAGGGUGGUGCUGGACAGACGAAACAACCCUGGCGCCUUCACAGGAGGCUUUCAUUUGAUCUACAAACAGCCUGUAGUAGAACCUCCACAGUUUAUUGGAGUGAACUUGUUUGUGGAAGGAACACACAUAAGGAAACCUAUAAUUCGCAGACCAAGAGUUGCCUUUUUAAAGCCUCGCUUGAGCCAGCCCGAACAGCGCGACGUGACAAGUAAACACCAAGCCAAGUCCCGUGACCCGUCGCAAGAACGAAAGUCUUUGCAAGACCAAAAGUCUUUGCAAGACCAAAAGUCUUUGCAAGACCAAAGGCAAUUGACGCAUACCUCUCCAAGGAGAGAAGAGCAAGAAAGGACCUUUGUCUUUGAUGUGAAUGUGGUGACUUACCAACGUGUGGUGGAGAACCACACUGAACCCAAGACACAAUCCCAAUCUUCGGUUGUGGCUGACAGCGGCAGCAAAGAACCACCUACCUCACCGGCCCCACGAGUCCCACCAGCGUCACGAGUCCCCCCAGCGCCACGAGUCCCACGAGCCCCAAGAGCACUACAAGCACCACGAGUCCCGCCAACUCCAAAAGCUCCACGAGCCCCACCAGUCCCACCAGCCCCACUAACCCAGGAGGGCUUGUCUUCCAACACCAACUACCCUCGCAGUAUCAUGCCUGUAUAUAAGACUCCAUUUAAACUAACCUAUGGAGCGCACCUGUGGAAGUGCUUCCUUCCCAGGACUUUUUCUGAGCCUUACUACAAGCCCUUGAUGCGGGUUGAUUCUUUCAGCCGGCAUCAGCUCGCCAGGCUGCGGCUCAGAAGCAUGCCGAAAGAUGAGUUGACGGCCUAUCGAAACCCUUUUAAGGAUACCUUUCAAAUGGAGUCCAGUUAUAGAUUCCACAAGCAGCGUUUUUUACAAACAAUGUCCAAGCAUUGUGCAGGGUAGUCUACAACAAUGAUAAAUAGGUUAAUUGUCUAAAUUCUGACUGGUACCCAGACAAGAUCCAAAGCGGUGCAACAAAAGAACUGUACACCAAAUUCUACUCGGACAAAGAUAGUGUAAUAAAGCUCAGUUCUGAUUGACGAUGGUAAAGAGUUAUUACUAGAAGUUCAACAGAAUGGAGAGAAUAGGCUACGUAUUUCAAUAGAGUACACAUAAUUACAAUUACUUGGGUCGGAAGGUAUGUUCUAACCAUUGUAGGAUCAAACUUAAAGCCGUACUGGUAAAGUCUAUUUAGAGGUUCUUGAGAGGAGGGUCCGCUAGAUAGUGGAAUGUAAGAUUCAGUAGGAACUGUGUGGUUUGUGAAACUGGACCAACUCUAUACUUGUCAGGGCCUUUGAGGGAACAUAAGAGUUAUUACAACCAGUCUACAUGUGUUUAAUAGACUUUUAGAAGGCUUUUGACGGUUCACCCAGAGGAAUCCUGAAGGGGGUAUUCUGGGAGAUUCGGAUCGCCUGUUUUGGGCAAUUCGCUUUCUGUAUGACCAAUGCUCCUGGUCUGCAUUGCGGGCAAUAAGUCAGUCUCAUUUUAAGUGAGGGUUUUUGCUUCGUCACAUGUUACUUUGUACUGACACAAUUUCUAAGUGCUGCCAGGGCGUUGAUGAUAUCGGGUUUGGUGGCUGCAGGAGUGGGUCUGUUUUUGAGGAUAAUGUGGUCCUGCUGGCGCCAUCAGGCCAUGACCUUCAUCUCACUGGAUUGAAUUUUAGCAGAGUGUGAAGCAGCUGGGAAUCAACACCAAGAAAAAAGGUCCUCACCCUUUACCAGUGACUUUACAUUUUUACCCUCACCUGUGGUCAGUAGUUUUGGGAAGUGACCAAAAGGACAACAUUGCAGGUGCCAGUGGCAGAGUUUCUUCCGUAAAGGUGGCUUUGUAAAAGCUCUGUCAUCCGGAAGGUAUUCGGAGUAAUGCCACUGCUCCUCGUGAGAAGAGAAGCCAAAUAAGGUGGCACGGGCAUCAGGUCAGGGAGCCUCCUGAAGGGUUCAGGGCGCAUCCAAUCAGCAGGAGAUUGUGGCGCUGACUCAGACUGGCCUGGAAAUUUGGGGUUUCUCUGUUCAAGCCGCAACCCAACACUAGAUAAGCGAAAGAAGAUGGAUGGAUUAAUAUUAUAACCAAAAGAAAUCCAAGCUGAAAAUCACCCAUCCUUUUUAUUUUUAAACAUCUUGUCUUGUGACAAUUGCACAUAGCAGAAGAAACAGACCCGUUGUGCACAGCGGCAUCAACAAAAUGACCCAACAUUUUUACUGUUCUAAAAAAUCCUAUUUUGAGACGAUUGCACAUUGCGACUGUUGGUGUGAUCCCAGGAUGCAGAGAAUGUACUGUAGGUAAAGUGCAAAUGGGUGUGUCUUUAUUAGGUAUCAUGUAACAGGUCUAGCACAAACUCAAAAAGCAACGGAACGUUGUGGCGUACAGAAGAUAAUGAACCAACACUGAGAAAAUUACCAAGGUGGAACUAAAUAAACUAAUUAAUCGAGGUACAGGUGUGCUGGCAGGACAAGGAACGGAAAGUGAAGGUGCUGCAAAACACAGACCAAACAGGAAAUACUAACAACAAGAGCAUCAGCGCAGAAAAUGACACCAAAGAGGAAAAUAACAAACAAAUUCAAAAUCGUCAUGUGGAAUCAUGACAUUGUUUAACCUCUAUCACAAUCCAACGCAAUUUUGUGACACUUGUGUUGUUUCCAGCUAGAACAUACACAUUCACCAUGUCAACAUUCAUAUUUAGUCUUUAAAAAUACAAAGAGAACAUUUUUCUGGUGUUUUUUUCCUCAAAUAGUAAUUAAAAUGUGUGAUUUUACAUGUUCUGUAUUUUAUAAUGGGCAUUGUUAGUAAAUGUAUUCCUUGUAACUUGACACUGUUGUGUGCUUAUCAUCACGAAUGUAGUAUGAAAUA